AUGAGAUCCGACAAUCUUCGAUUCUAGAGACAGAAUCUGUCCCUUCGAUGUGCAAAUCGAAACGGAGCACAAGCGCCGUACAACCCAGAACACGAAGAAACACAAGCAUGACUGAUGAGUCUCCGCGACCUACCAGAACACGAACACUAACACUAACAUCGUCAUCGUCGAACUACGAAACGACGACGAGCGACGUGGCAAUCACGGAAUCAAGAAGCUACGUAUACGAGGAGAAGAACAGCAGAGAGAAAGAGUGGUCAAACGCAUCCUCCAUCUCCAGCCACGCCUCUCUCUCAAGCCUCAAAGACACGCUCCCCGAAAACCCUAACAUCUACCCCUUCUCCGAGAUCUCCGCCGCCACCGCCAAAUUCUCCAAUCCCCGCCUCUCCUCCUCCGCCUGGCGCUGCUCCCUCCGCGCCCGCGACGUCGUCGUCUUCCGUCGCACCUUCCGCCGCCCCAUCGACCUCCCGGAGCUCCGCCACCGCCUCGCCCUCAUCUGCCGGAGCCACCACAGCAGCCUCGUCAAGCUCCUCGGCGCCUCCGUCUCCGGCUCCGCCAUCUUCCUCGUCUACGAAUUCGUCCCCGGCGCCAGCCUCGCCGACUGCCUCCGCAACCGCCGGAACCCUAGCUUCACCGACCUCAACACGUGGUCCUCGCGCAUGCAGAUCGCCUCCGACGUCGCGCACGGCCUCGACUACAUCCACAAUUUCUCCGGUUCCGGUUCGGAUUCCGGUUCCGAUUUCGGUUUCGUUCACAACCACAUCAAGAGCUCGAGCAUUCUCAUAACGGAGGAGAAUUUGCGCGCCAAAAUCUGCCACUUCGGCGCGUCGGAUCUCUGCGGUGAGGCCUCCGGUGGCCGGACGGCGAGGCUGGAGGGGACGAGAGGGUACAUGGCGCCGGAGUUUCAGGUCUCCGGCGUCGCGACGAAGAAGAGCGACGUGUACGCUUUCGGAGUGGUGGUGUUGGAGCUGCUGAGCGGGGAGGAGGCGUUGAAAUUCGAAUUCCACGACGACGGUAGUUACCGGAGGACGAGCGUAGUGGAGACGGCGCGGGCGGCGGUGACGGAGAGCGGCGGCGUGAGGAAGUGGGUGGAUAAGAGGCUGAGGGAUUCGUUUCCCGUGGGCGUUGCCGAGAGAAUGAUUCGGGUCGGGUUGGAGUGUGUAGGAAACGACCCGAACGAAAGACCGGAUAUGGGUUGGGUUUCGAUUGAGGUGUCGAAGUUGUACUUGGAAUCGAAGGAGUGGGAUGAGAAAAUGGGAAAUAAUAUUGAUUUGUCGGUCUCGUUGGCCCCACGGUGACUCUUUUUGGGUUUAGGGUUUAGGAUUUUGCAUUCUUUUUACCUACAUUUACAUUUUUUUAUUGUAAAGAAAAACUGAUUGUGGCAAGAGUGUGAUGUAUAUACUUUGUAUAUAAUUACGGAUUGUGUAAAAUGCAAAUGAAGGAAAUUUCAACCAAUUUUGGGUUUGAAUGGAAGGAUUCGUUGCUUUUGGAUGGAGUGCUGUUUGGGACACCACCAUAAACAUAAUAACGCAGAUUUGAAUAGAGAAAUUAAGGUAGCAAAGUAGUAUUUGAGUUCAACCUUGGGCGGUUCACAAUUAUUUAUGAGCAUGUCAGGGUGGCGUCAUCAAGUUUCAGUCAACACGAGUUAUCAGUUAUAGUUGCCAUUUUGA